AUGUCUCUGCUGGGCACUAACUGGGCACUACCUAAAACAGACCAACCUGUAGAUCCUGACUACCCCUUCCUAUUCAUGUGGAACGCUCCCACAGAACUCUGCGAGACCAGAUUUGGCGUGGGUCUCAACCUCUCCCACUUCCAGUUAGUGAGCAGCACUUUGAAGUCUGCCACCAACCAAAGCAUCUCCAUUUUCUACACUGACCGUUUCGGCCUCUUCCCCUACGUGGACGAGGACACAGGGGAAAUGUAUGACGAAGGCCUUCCACAGCUGAUUGAUUUCCAGGAACACCGUGAGCAGGCCGAAGAUGACAUUGAAUACUACAUCCCCGAAGACCAACCGGGCCUCGCCAUCCUUGACUUUGAGGAGUGGCGACCACAGUGGGUCCGGAACUGGGGCAGCAAGGACAUCUAUCGAGAUCUCUCAAUUGAGACUGUGAAAACCAAGACCCCAACCUUAUCCGACGACGAGGCCGAAGACAGAGCCAAGAUAGUGUUUGAGCGAGCAGCAAAGCGAUACUUUCUCCGAUCUCUCUUGGUUGGGAAGAGGCUAAGACCCAACAGGCUUUGGGGAUACUAUCUGUACCCGGACUGUUACAACUACGACUACAACCAGGAUAUGAGUGAUUAUUCUGGGAGUUGUCCUGAGCUUGAGCAAGAGAGGAACGAUGAGUUGAUGUGGCUAUGGAAGGAGUCCACUGCUCUUUAUCCAUCCAUCUAUCUGGAGCUGAUCCUGAGAGAUUCCUACCAAGCCCGCCUAUUUGUCCGCCACCGCAUUCAGGAAGCUAUGAGAGUAUCCAUGCUCCCCAACCAAAGUUACGCCAUUCCUGUCUACGCCUACAUCCGCCCAGUUUUCAAAGACAGUGGUGAUGACUACAUGUCAGAGUAUGACCUGGUUAACACCGUUGGGGAGGCAGCUGCCCUGGGAGCGGCUGGGGUGAUCUCCUGGGGGGACAUGAACGUCACUGACUCAGAGGACUCCUGUUUCAAUGCCAGACGCCACCUGGAGAAGAUCAUGAAUCCAUACAUCUUGAAUGUUUCCACAGCAUCGCGGCUGUGCAGCGAGGCUUUGUGUCGGGCGAAUGGCCGAUGCAUAAGAAAGCACUGGGACAGAGACGACUACCUACACCUCAACCCAUAUACCUUCCAGAUCAAGAGAUAUAAAACAGGCAAUCUGGCUGUGAAGGGUGAAAUGUCCCAAUAUGAGAUUGACUGGUUUGCUGACAGAUUUGACUGUUUGUGCUACUCUGACAAACCAUGUCAGUCCUCCAUUACUCUAAACUCCUUCCCCAACUUUGUUCAAAGCAAUGGAACUCCCCAAUACUUCCAACCGUUUGUCAUUCUGACUUCUGUCUACAGUAUGUAUGUUUUUUUGUAA